AUGGCGCAGAUUGGCCAUGAACGUCCCUUCCAGCGCCUCCACACGAGCGACAUGCCGGGAAACUUCGAUCAUCAAUAUCUCGGCAUGCUCGCGAUAAGAGUUGCGGUGACAUCUUCGCCCAAUGUCACCGGUGGGACGCCACGUCCGGAGGGCCGCCAUGGUCGGGGGACCGUCGUUGUCGUGGUAGGGGGUUGUCGUAAUCGCGGCCGAUCAUCGCCGGAAAAGCACAAUUGCAAACUACCAGAUAGUGAAGAUGCUUGGCAAAGGAGCCUACGGUUGUGUUUUUUUGAAGCCAUAGACCUCAGAACCGGCCACAGAGUUGCCGUCAAGCAAGCCACGUUCGUCCGUUAUGCAGAAGAUCAUAUUGAAGACAUCCCUUACACUUCUCUCCGCGAGAUCGACAUCUUAUCAUCGUGUCGCCACCCGAACAUCAUCCGUUUCAGAGAAUUCAUCAUCGAUGAUGCCCUCCACUCUGUUUUCAUCGUCAUGGACCGGGCAGUCACGGAUCUCAGGACUCACUUGAUUUUGGCAUCAGGGAACUUGAAAGAAGCCAUGGUGAAGAAGCUCAUGCUCCAACUGCUUCUAGGCGUUUCUUAUCUUCACUCUCAUGGGAUUCUCCACCGUGAUUUGAAACCCGGCAACCUCCUCUUGACCGGCGUCGGUGACAUGCGGCAGCUCAAGAUUUGUGACUUCGGCCUCGGCAAGCGUUUUCAUUAUCUUUACGAAGAAGAAGGAACAGCAUAUGAUUUGUUAUCUCAGACUGUGGUUACUCAGUGGUACCGAUCGCCGGAGCUUCUUCUCGGAGAUGAGAAGUAUACCGCGGCUAUUGAUGUUUGGUCGGUGGGUUGUAUUAUGGCGGAGAUGGUGACGGGGAAGCCAUUGUUUCCUGGGAAGUCGAAGAUUGAUCAGCUUGAUAUGAUUUUCAUGGUGAUGGGUACGAUUGGGUUGAAGUCAUGGCCGGGAUUGGAUAAGUUGGAUAUGGCUCGCUAUUUUUUGGGUGGCCCGGAGAGGUAUAACACUCUCCGGUUGAGAGUGCCGCCGACGAAGCUAUCAAGGCCAGGGUAUGAUCUGUUGAAGAGGCUAUUGGAGGUGGAUCCAAGGAAGAGGAUCAGUGCAGAGGCUGCUCUCGACCAUUCAUGGUUCAGUGAUCUUUUCAUAUCGAUGUAGCUUAAAUUUUUUACUAUUUCCUUCGUCGUUAAGUACAUAUAUAUAUAUGGCAACACUUUUUUAUUUCUUUGUUUGAU